AUGACGCCGAAUCGUCGGUUCUACUACAGUGGUGACACCGGAUUUUGUGAGACGGAGUUCAAGAAGAUUGGCGAUCAACUCGGUCCAUUCGAUCUCGCUGCAAUCCCUAUUGGUGCAUAUAAACCACGAUGGAUGAUGAAGUCUCAGCAUAUCGACCCUCAAGAAGCCGUGGCCGUACAUGAGUUAGUAAACUCAAAAUUCUCAAUAGGCGUCCAUUGGGGAACAUACCAUAUGGGAUCGCAUGAGCAUUACUCGACGAAGAAAAUCGGGAAGAUAAUGACCAAGUCCAACCUUUCCUCAAAAUUCGUUACUGUUGAGAUGGGACGGAUUUGGGAAGAAGAUGAAGGCGAAGACAGUGCAGUCAGAAACGAAAUGUAA